GUCCGAGCAGAGGCAGAUCUUGUUCAAAUUGAGGACUUGUCUGCCUACUAUGAUCUCUAAGGAUGACUUCCUGCCGAAGAAGAUCUGCGAGCGAUGCGUCACCAGGCUGGAGCAGCUGUACGAGUGGCGCCAGAACUGUCUCAGCACUGACUCGGUGCUUCGGAACUACGCGGAGUCCAUGAGGAUCGUCACUUCCACCAUCAACUUCCAGGACGGCACCGUGAACAUGGAUAAAAUGACGGAGGCUCAAAAGACGGCGUAUCUUGAAGCUCACGUGGCUGUGCAACAACAUAUGGCUCAAGCGGCGGCUGCUGCUCGUCGGGAACAACAACAACAGCAACAACAGCAGCAGCAACAACAACAACAGCAGCAACAACAGCAACAGCAAGUCCAACAACAACAACAGGCACAGCAAGUACAACAACAGCAGCAGCAACAACAACAACAGCAGCAGCAGCAGCAGCAGCAGCAGCAACAACAACAACAACAGCAGCAGCAGCAGCAACAACAACAGCAACAACAACAACAACAUCAAGCAAACAACACAAACAAUGCAACUAGGCACCACCAAGAAAUGCAACAAGCACAGAACGGCAAUGCCCAUCAAGGUCACCCAUCGCCCCCUACAGUCAGCUCUACACAGCACCACUAUGCUACCAUCAACUCUCCCAUUAAAGUUCCACAAGUGAGCUCCAGUACCGGUGGCCCAGAUAGCACAUUCACGGUACCAGAUGAUGUGGGCAUGGGCUUCGAAGGGGGAGUUCGUGUGUUGCAGAGUCUGGGAAAUUGGUCACCAGAUGUAACAAAUAGCAUUCCGAGGCCAAACUUGAUACCGUUUACCGAACCUUACGCAGAAGGUGGCUCUAUGCAUCCUGGAACUAGAUUGAAAGCAUUACAGGGGACAGUAGUUCGAAAACAUCCAGCUAUCAAACCAACAAGCUCUACUAAUGAAGGAAGCAAAGCAUUUGAAUGUACGGUUUGCGGAAAAGGAUUAGCGCGCAAAGACAAAUUGACAAUUCAUAUGAGAAUACACACAGGAGAAAAACCAUACGUAUGUGAAGUUUGUAACAAAGCUUUUGCCAGACGAGAUAAACUAGUACUACAUAUGAAUAAAUUAAAACAUAUCACUCCAUCCAACAUCGCACCUCUUGGAAAGAGGACUAUAUCGAUACCACAAAAGAAGGAAACUUUUCAUUUCUUACUAAGCCAUCAAAUGUUUCCAGCGUUAAAACUGGAUGACGUAAAACCACAAUUAACUAAACAAGAAGACACAAAGCCAAGUCAGGCUGAAAUAGCCGCCGCCGCACAGCAGCAGCAACAACAACAACAUUCACACCAGCAAUCAAUACAAGUGUGUCAAGUACCCGGACACACAUUCACGAACACGAAUUUAGUCCACACGAGUGCAGCCUCGGCCGCAGUGGCAGCGGCUACAGCAGGAAUGGUAGUGUCCUGGUCGUGUGAACUUUGCGGGAGGUUGUUCGCAACCAGGGACGAAUGGAGCGCUCAUGCAAAGUCACACUUGCCAGACAAUAAGCUCCUCCAGGAUAAGAUGCAAGCCACACAGCAUCAGCAGCAGGAAAAAGUGCACCUGUCGAACCAGGAGAAACUGCAAUUACUUCACCAUCACAACCAAAACCAGCAAAUACUAAACGGUCAUGGCAUUGCGACGGCCUCCGUGUCCACCGCUACCGUCGUCAACGAGAGUGGCGGCGGUGGAGGUUACUUUACGACGCACGGGCACAACACGCAUUACGCGCCUGAAAGACAGCACACUCAUGCGCACCAUCUCUGUCUCAUGUGUAGGCAGGAGUUUGCGGGGAAAGCAGAGUUCAUGUUCCAUGUGCGAGGUCAUUUUGAAGGCAAAGUGAGCGAUAUCGCCGCGGCCGAUGCUCUUGCGCGCUCAUUAGUAGACAAUUCGGGACUGUGCACCUGAGCCACGCCUACUCCUAUCGGUGCGUUCCACACAGACGCCUGCGGGAAAGGCGUCUUUCCGGACGACACUAUCAUGCUAAAGUUUUAAGAUACUCUAAUACCUAAUGAUUCAAAAUGUGUUAAGAUGUAAAUGUUCCAGCAAUCUACGGGGACCGUAUUGCUCUCUUUUUAAUUAGGUAUGUAAAUGUGUGAAAAUGUGUGAUUUAGGUUAGUACUAUUUCUAUGUUUCUUCAAUAGAAAAUAAAUUAAGUAUGUAAAUAAUAAUUAUAAUAAAAAAGUUUAAUAGAAUCCUGUAACGCCGCUUUACUUAUUAAUUAUAAUAACAAAAAUCUAGUCAUAAAAAUGGAUGAGUGAAAUCUAGUCAUUUUGUAACAUACAUAGUCGUACAGCUAGUCAUCAUAGAGUUAAACUAGUCAUACAAGUAGUACAUAAAGUUUGAAUGAAUCAAAAAUAUAAGCAAGGUUUCAAAAAAAAAUAGUAUAUAAUAUGGUAAAUUUUUUGACUUGCACAAGUAGGCAAGGUAAAAGAUUUUAGUCUUAUUUCAAAAUUGUACAAAUAUGUCUCCUAUGUGUGCAAGUCUUAAUUUUCAAA